UAUAGGUGAUUGUACGCGUCGUUCUCGUCGUGCUGCGCUGUGUUUACCUUUCAAUGGCCCUUCAAACCUCUCUGCCUCUUAAGAUAUUUUUCCCGCAAGGCCCACUUUUUAUUAAUGUUAUUGUUUAUUCAUUUUAGCUGACGGCUUUGUCCAAAACGACUCACCGCGUGAAGUUUUUGUAUUUUGCAUACAAUGACUUACCCAUUACAGCGGGGUAUUUUUUAGCACAUGAAGUCAUAAAAGGGCCAAGGAACAUAUGUUGAUGUAGGUGUCUAUUUGGUGUAAAAGCUGCCCAUGAACAUCAGAAAAUCAGAUGACAUGGGAGACGUUCUGGCCUAUGAAGCAGAUGUGCUUGGGAUGGUGAAGGAGUACCUCAGCUUCGGUGAAUUUGAUGAAACAGUUAAGCUGUUUGAGAGAGAGUGCAAAAGCAAAGGAAAGCCUCCGCCAAAAAUCUCAGAGAAGCUAGUGAAAGACAGUCAGACAACACCAAUACAGAAGAACCUGUUAAAAUCUUUUGAAAAUGGAGACGCCACAGUGUUCUUUGAGCUGUGGAUUGAACACAUUCCCUCUGAUAUUCGAGACGGUGACCCAGAUGCUCAGAAAUUGGAGAUGUACCUUCAAAUUCACUUUGCCACCUUCCCUUUGAAGCAUUCUUUUGGGAGACCUGAUACAGCUGUUGCUGAGAACAGCAUGGCACGCUUUAGGCGGUACCUAGAGACCAAAGGAGGAGCAAUUUGCAAUACGGCCGAGUUUCUACGAUUUUGCGCCCUUCCGUUUGUCCCCAAUCCAGUGGCACAUCCCUCAUUCAAAGACCUUUUCCAGGACUCUUGGAUUCCAGAUGUGAGAAGAAAACUGGAGGAGUUUUUAUCGGCAAAACUAAACGUGUCCAGUACUCCGAGGCUACUCACGCUAUACAAAGAGGGAGGGAAAGAUAACAAAGAGAAGAUCCAUCAGCUGCGGCAGCUGCUGGCCGAGGCCGAGAGGAGAGCAGCCAGCUACAUGAGGAAGUUCAACAAGGCGCAGGCAGACUACCACAACCUCAUCAGCAUCACUGCCGAGCUGGUGGAGUCGCUGGAGGCCACUGUCAGCGGGAAAAUGAUCUCCCCAGAGUACCUUCAGAGCGUCUUCGUCCGACUUUUCAGCAACCAGAUGAGGCAAAGCAGCACGCAGAGCAUCGAUUUCACCAGGCCUGGCACCGGAUAUUUCUCUAUGAGCCCUUAUGAAAAUGAUGAUGGAUAUGCCUCCUCCAUGCUGCGCGCCUCUGUGGCACCACAGAGGCUGAAAGACGUGCCGUUGCUGCCGUCGUUGGACUAUGAGAAGCUGAAGAAAGACCUGAUGAACGGCUCAGACAGGUUGAAGGCCCUACUGCUGCAGGCGCUGCGAUGGAGACUCACCCGGUCCCUUCAAGGGGAGCAGAGAGACACGGUGCUGGAAGCAUUCAUCAGCAAUGACCUUCUGGACAGUCGCAGGAGUGGCCAGAAGAGCGUCCUUCACCUGAUGAAGUCGACCAGUGAGAUUGUGAGGCAGUACGUGGCGCGUCUCAUUAACGCCUUCGCCUCGUUGCCCGAGGGCCGCACAUACCUCUCCCAAAUCCCACCUCUGCUGAAAAUCCUUGAGGGCGCCCUGGAGACAGAAGGGAAGGACUCGGUGGCCAGAGAGAACGUGCUCGGCGCCUUGCAGAAACUCAGUCUCAGACGGGCCCAGCAGUCGGCCAUGAUCGAGGACGGGCUGAUUAGCUGGCUGGUGGACGAGCUGCAGAACUCGGACUGCCUGUCUGACUACACCCUGGAGUACUCCACAGCCCUCCUCAUGAACCUGUGCUUUCGCAGCCAAGGCAAAAGCAAGUGCGCUGCGAACGCCAAACACAUACUGAGCACUUUGUCGGACCUUCUGGCCCACGAAAACCACGAGAUCCGUCCUUACGUGAAUCGGGCCUUGUAUAGCAUCUUGGGUGUGCCUGCUAUUCGGGAUGAGGCCAGGGAGAUGGGCCUGGAAGAGAUUCUGCGCUGCUACAGCAAGGACAAAAACACCGAGUUCAGCCAGCAGAUUGAGUUCAUCAUCAAGCAGAUCAAUUCAAAGGAAAUCUGCGAAGACAAGCCUGGGUCUGAUGAUGAAGAUGAAGACGAUGACGAAGUACGCUGCACAUCACACCAGAUCGCUGUCAGACAAAUCAUCAAUAGAUGUGAAGAUGUCAUGGAGGCGGAUAUAGAUAAAGACGAGGUUCUCCACCCGCAGGACGGGGAGCUCUCGGGAGAAUCGCUGCUUACCACAGAGUACCUUGGGAUCAUGACUAAUAAUGUGAAGUCCAAGAGGAGGUCGGCCACGCAGCGAAGCCAGAACUUCGACGAGCCCCUCCAACGCCCGUUGACCCCAGGGUCGCGCCGAUCCAGAUACGUGACGAAGUCGCAGGAAAGCCACGACUGCGAGCGCCCCCCGAUCCGCCAGAUGGGCAGAGAGUCUCGCGGCAGCUCCCGACCCCUUACACAGUGCAGCAGCAGGCCCAGCGUGGCCAGCUCCUUCCACAACAGCCUGACUAUGGACUCAGAAUGCGUACAGACCUCCCAGGAGUCGGGGCUGAACCAGCUAUCUGAAGGGCUCCCCCUGCAGGCUCGGGAUGAACCCAUCGAUAAAUUCAGCGGCUAUGCUGAAAUGCUUGGAUUCAAAAGCCAGUUUGAGAUUCCAAGAACCCCGAAUCCAGAGGCCCAGCAGUGCAGUAGGUCCAGCUCUACAGGGUCACUGGGGAGGAGUAACAGACAGGGAAGCCCACAAUACAAGAAGUGAGAAUGGGUCCCUCGCCAGGAACACCCUACUCCGCACCGUGAUGGUCGGGUCACGGUGUCUAAACUGGGUCAAUGAAAUGAAGAUGCCAUCAGGGUCCACAGUGAGGAACAAUAUGUCAAAUUUUCAGAAGUCAGAGGUCUUUCUGAUCCUGCUGAAUGAAAUUUUGAUAAUGCAACACGAUGUACAACAGUCAUUCGUGAUUAUUGUUUAUUCUCCGAGGUUGCUUGUACCACAUGUCAUCUGACUGUUGUUUUUCCCAGUUACGUCUGCCCUAUAGGGUAGUGUUACCUUUUCAUUGAUUAUUAAU